UUUCGCAGUUGCGUCAAAUACUCGGCGUAUCUUGUUACUUUAUUCGCUUCGGCUCGAACUCGGCGUAACUCAAAUACAACAGGAGCGAGCUGUCACUCAAAGGACAUUUAAAUGGCUACACUUCUGUAGAUCUGUACAGAAGCUCGCGCUGUCAUGAAGUAUCUUCAUUCUUAUUUCGCCCUAUUCUUUUAAUAUCCGUUUUUCCUGUACGUUUUACACAUGAAUAGCGAUUAAAUUCACACGUAUCUUUAUAAAUCUACGCACGACAGCCCUGAAAUGAGCGACGAGGAAGAUACAUUGCAGAAAACUAGACAUGCAUUUGAAGAUCUGUGUCGAGCUCUGAAUAUGGACGAGGAGUCGAGUAACGGGGCAUGGGGGAGUUAUGAAAACAUCAGCAAAAAUUACACUCUCGAGGGUAGUGAACUGCACUGGUUGGCAUGUGCUCUAUAUGUGGCCUGUAGGACUUCAGUGCCCACAGUAAGUAAAGGCACAGCAGAGGGCAACUAUGUGUCGCUGACCAGAAUACUGCGCUCUUCAAAACAGAGUUUGAUUGAGUUUUUUAAUAAAAUGAAGAAAUGGCAGGAUAUGGCCAACCUACCCAAGGAGUUCCAGCAGAGCACUGAGAAACUCGAGAGAAACUUCACCGUAACAUCUGUCAUCUUUAAGAAAUAUGUGCCUAUUUUCAAAGACAUCUUUAAGACGCCCACUGAUGAAUUACCCAGAACGCACAGGGGCAGGAAGCAGAGACGACAUCCAUGCACCAUCACUGAGGUCUUCAACUUCUGCUGGGUCCUGUUCAUACAUGCUAAAGGAAAUUUCCCAAUGAUCAGUGAUGAUCUGGUAAACUCGUAUCAUCUGCUCUUGUGUGCUCUGGAUCUGGUUUACUGCAAUUCACUCCUGUGCUCCAGUCGUAAAGACCUGCUUAACCCUACAUUUAAAGCGCUGCCGGAAGACUUCAGCAGUAAAGAUUAUAAACCAGGCGCGGGCUCAUUAUGUUUCAUUGAACAGUUGUGUGAACUGCAUGAUGGUCUGGUGCUGGAGGCCAAAGGUGUGAAAGAGCAUUUCUGGAAACCCUUCAUCAAGAAACUCUUUGAGCGCAAGAUUUUGAAAGGCAAAGAAGACACGCUGACAGGAUUCUUAGAGCCGGUGAACUUCAGUGACAGUCUCACAUCUCUGAACCGUGUGUAUGAGGAACAUGUGUUAUCGUCCGGUUCUCUGGAUGAGAGAAUAUUUUUAGGAGAGGCGGCAGGAGAAGAAAUUGGUACCCCAGGAUCCUGUUUAUAUGAGGGGAUAGAGAAUCAGGAGCGCGGCACCAACACCCCCCAGAACUCUUUGACAUCAUCUGCUCUUAGAGUGUCUACUCCGCUCACGGGAAGGAGGUACGUGCUGCACAGCAACAUCGGUACCCCUGUUUCAACGGCGAUGCAGAGUGUGGGUCGCCUGCACACUUUACUGACAGGAUUCAAAUACAGACCCAGCAUGAGACUCAGAGACGCCUUCAGAUCUUGUGUGAGAGACCCCAGUGAGUCUAUAGCAGCCAGACUGAAAGAGAUGUCAGAGAUGUUUCUUCAGAAUUAUGAGGGCACAGGUGAAGAGAACAAGAGGCUGGCCAGAGAUGUUGCAGUGAAGUAUUUCUGUCUGGCUGAAGCUCUGUAUUACAAAUCACUGGAAGCAAUAAUCACCCAAGAGAAGAAACGGCUUGGGGAUGUGGAUCUGUCUGGCAUUCUACAGCAGGACGUGUUUCAUCGAUCUCUAAUCGCCUGCUGUCUGGAGAUUGUCAUCUUCUCAUAUCGACCCCCAGGAGAGUUCCCACGAGUCUUACAGAUCUUUGACCUCCCUGCUUAUUACUUCUAUAAGGUUAUCGAGGUGCUGGUGCGGGCGGAGGAGGGUCUGUUCCGGGAAGUGGUCAAACAUCUUAACCAUGUUGAGGAGCAAGUACUGGACUGUUUGGCGUGGAAAGGAAAUUCCCCAUUGUGGGACAGCAUCCGAGAAGCCAAGAACUGCGUUCCUGCCUGCCAGGAGGUGAUGCUUCCUCAACACCUGGAGGACAGUUCAGGAAACAGCACACUUACUCCAAACAAGAGGGAGUUCAGUGCCAACAUCACAGCAGCAGCGAAAGGCGUUUCUCCAUCCCCCACCACUCUUCACGAGCGCUACAGCUCGCCCCCUACAGGUACGGCUCGACGCCGACUAUUUAUCGACGGAGAGUCGACCUCUGAUCCUGCCCAGCCUGUCAAGCAAGCUCAGCCCUCUUUGGUCACCACCAUCCCAGCCGGACAGACUGUGGUCACCAUGGCAACAGCUACUGUCACAGCAAACAACGGCCAGACGGUCACCAUACCUGUUCAAGGAAUAGCCAAUGAAAGUGGAGGCAUCACAUUUAUCCCAGUGCAAGUGAAUGUGACCGGGCAGAGCGGUGGGGCACUGCCAACCUUUAGUGCCCAGACUCUGACAGGCACCCUGACCACCCAACAUCUGACUGCCACACCCGCAGUCCCAGUCCAAAACAAUCCCACUCCUGCCAAACAGGACAGAAAGAUCCCUCAGCAGGGAACACCCACCAGUCGUUCACAGAAGACAGGGUCGCUUUCUCUGUUCUUCCGUAAGGUGUAUCACCUCGCUAGUGUGCGUCUCAGAGACCUGUGUGCUAAACUGGACAUCAGCACAGAUCUGCGCAGGAAGAUCUGGACGUGUUUCGAGUAUUCACUCGUGCAUUGCACUGAACUCAUGAUGGAUCGCCAUCUAGACCAACUGCUCAUGUGUGCCAUUUACGUCAUGACUAAGGUCACUAAAGAGGAAAGGUCCUUUCAGAACAUCAUGAAGUGCUACAGAUCUCAACCUCAAGCCAGCAGCAGUGUGUACAGAAGUGUGUUGAUCACUGGAAAGAAGAGACGUCACUCAGGGAACGGUGAAAACACACAGAGACACGGCUCACCAGCAGAGGGAACACAAGAACAAGCAAGUGGUGAAAGCAGUCCAGUGCCCAUGCGAUCCAGCAGCACUCUUCCCAUUCCCCACCCCAGCAGCGCUCCGUCCACCCCGACCAGGGCCUUCGGAGCCCAGGAGCAAGAAGAAGAGAGAGGAGACCUCAUCCGUUUCUACAACCAUAUCUACAUCAAACAGAUCAAACAGUUCGCCAUGCGUUACUCCAGGAACUCGACGAAAAACGGGGCUGAAGCUCCUCCCCUUUGUCCGUAUCCAUCACUUCGGAUUGGCUCUCCACGCCGUGUCCUCCUUUCCCACAGUCACUCCAUCUACAUAUCUCCUCACAAGAGCUCCAGCCCUCACACACCUCGAGACAAAGUCUUCUACUACAUCAGCUCCAGCCCGUCUAACCGCCUUCGAGAAAUUAACAAUAUGAUCCGGACGGGCGAGACGCCUACUAAGAAGCGCAGCAUUGCCCUGGAGGAAGAGCAACAGUCUCCCGCCAAGAGACUUUGUCAGGAGAAUCAGACAGCGCUGCUUAGACGUCUGCAGGAUGUUGCCAAUGACCGCAGCUCUUCACAUUGAUCCUGACCCGUACAGAUGCUCAUUCACAUACAAGAUACUUUAAUAGAUCCUGUUUCUCGCAAAGACCUCCAUAUUGCACAGACAAAAUUAAAGAACUGUAACGCGAUAAAUGUGUGCAUUUUGGAGACGCUUUUACCCAAAGCAACUUAUAUGCGAUACAUAGUUCCCAUUCUUUAUAGACCAAUGGGAUUUUAUCACCAGCUAAUUGAUCAGUCGAUCAAUCAAUGAUAAAGUUUAAUCGAAUGUUUUUAAGCUUAAAAUAGAGUUUACAUGUGUAAAAAAACGCUCAGAUGUGUCAUGACAAGAUUUGAAGGACAUUUGAAGCACUUAACAAAAGGUUUGUUUGCAAAUCUUGCGCUGAUUUUAUCAUUUGUGUGUUUUAUAAAGAGCUAUUUUUAAUUAAAAAAAAGUUUUAUAUAUGUUUAAUAACAGAGUUCAUAAGAAAUCAGAGAACUCUUGCUACUCCUCCAUGUAUUUGCUGUAUUUUUGUGCUUGGUUUUAUGCUAUUUUUCUAAGUAUAGUGAUGGUAGUGGAGAGACAUAUCAGAUAAAAAUCAUGUUGAUUGUAGAGAGUGCUUGUAUUUAUUUGCCUAUUGUUUUUUGCAUGUAUGUGAGAUAAAUCUUAUUUCAUUUCUGUGUUUAUAGACAUCAAAACGUGUUUUAUUACUUUUGAAAUGUGUAUGUGUUUGUUGUAAGUGCCUUUUCUCCUGGACCCGAUAACUUCUGACCUUAACACAACCACUUUAAACAUGAAAUUCAACAUGAUUAAGAGUAAAAACAAUCCUUAAAUAAAUAGUUUAUAGUCUA